AUGUUUGGUAAACACAGUCUUGAAUAUUCGGCCGACAACAACAUCGAGGCCCCUACAAAACAGACCAAGAGGGGCUUUGCAGGUUUCGACCGGCUGCCUGGAGCUAGACUACCAGAAACAUCACAGCAGCCUCCACCGCCCCCUAAACCUCCAAAAACCCUCAAGCAACUCAAUCUCUCAAGGAAAACGUGGGAACAUUUAGAAUCCCAAAAGAACGCCCCGCGGUUCCUAUUUCGAGGAUUUAGCCCAUACUCUGGAGGCGGGAUUGAUCCUCGUCUGAAUAGUCGGGCUGGGAUUAUUCCGCACGGCUUUCUCAACGGCAAGGAACCAACUAACAUGUACGAAUCUCAAGACCUUAAACGGAUGAUAAACGGUCAUCUGGAUAACUACGUUAUCGACACUGACUUCAGCUCAUGGGCAGCCUGCAUCACUGUUGCUAAAAGGUAUACAAAUUCUCAGCCAGGGGGAUACAUCGCAUUAAUUGAUAGGAAAUUGUUGGAUCCUCAUGUCAAGAUCUACCCCGUCGAUGACUUGUAUGAAGCAAAGCUUGCACGUGGAAACUAUCAAGAUGAGUACCUAGCGUAUGGUCCUAUCAGCGGGCCUGCCUUCUCCUGCGUCCCUUUCAAAGCCAUCCGGGAAGGAGGGUUCUAUACACUAGCCGGGCAAUCUUACCAACAGAAUCGCCGCUUCGAUAUGGCUGUUUAUAAAAGCCUAGACCAACGAAUUGCUUUAGCAAAGACGAUGGCGGCCCGCUUCCGCCCUGCCCACGAUAAACGCCCAGAUAUCAUCAUAGCACUCACCGCCGCCUUUUCAAGCAUGUGCUGUGCUGCCUAUCCGAUAAGUAUUGACCACCUACGCCACCUCAUGGCUCAUCUUGGCGAUGAGAUCAAAGAGAUGAAGCUGCCACCGGUUGGGUCUGAGGAACUAUCUCUAGCUAACUAUAAGAUGAAAACUUUUCGAUACCGACAGCUGAGUCAAUACCUAGAUCUGCUAAAGGGUAUCGAGAGAAGCGUCAGAGAGACAUCAGUUGGGACAUAA